UUGUAUCCGCGGUCUUUCUCUCAGUUGGCGCGUAUCUCUGUGCGAGCUGUCGUAGAGACUAGUCGAGUCCCUAAAGAACUUUGUAUCUUCAAUUUUAAUUAAAUGUCUGAGAUGGACAGAGGAACACGACAUGAAAAACACAACAGAGAACACGAGAACAGGAGCCAUGGAGCGUCUAGGUGGUCCAACAGCAGGAAGAGAGGGAUCGAUGGAAAUCUGAGGACCAAGAGAGACACAGAGAGCAGAGAAAAAAGACACGAUGAUGACCGCCAUGAUGAUAGACAUGAUAGCUUCACGACUCCAGAGAGUGCUGGCCCCGUGUCUCGCUGUGGCCGGCGAUCGGACUGGGGCAGUCAGGUGGAGGAUGACGAGAUGAGGAGGGACGUGCACAGAGACAUGCAGCGUUACAGGAGGAGGAUACUGGGAGGAGACGCCACCCAGAGAGAGAGAAAGGCCUCCUCGGGCUCCUCAGGGAGCUGUGACUCCAAAGAGGAAGACAACAUAGAGACGGACGAGUCGGUGUUGCUGCGGCGACAGAAGCAGAUAAACUACGGCAAGAACACGCUGGCCUAUGACCGUUACACCAAAGAAGUGCCCAAACACAUGCGCCAGUCUGGAGUUCACCCUAAGACCCCCAACAAGUUCAGGAAGUACAGCCGGCGCUCAUGGGACCAGCAGAUCAAACUGUGGAAGGUUAAGCUGCAUGCCUGGGACCCCCCCACAGAAGAGGGCGGGGACAAAACCCUCAAUGACAUAGAUGAGCUUGGUCUCGAUGAUGUGAUGGACAUCGAGCUGGACUUCCCUUCCCUGUCAGAACCCCAGGAUGCACCAGCCCCGCUUAGCACUCACAGCGUUUCACUGGAGGAUGACGACUGUAUGGGGACUCCGGUUAAACUCCAAAAGACGGACUUGUCGGCAGAGCCUGACAUGUCAUAGCUCCUCGUCAGCAGAAGAAUAAAAAAAACUUGUUGAUCCAUUUCUUCCCUCCAUGUUACCCAGAAUGCAUCUGUUCAUAUGCAGCAUCACUGUGCUCCACUGGUGCAAGGUUUUUUUUUCUCUUCUUUCAUCAAACUCUCCCCUUAUCUUUUUAAAGAUGAUUAUUAUCUGCUCAGGGAGUCUUUAAUAAUUUCAUUUGUUUCCUUUUAAGCACUGAGAGCAAGCUAGACAUGAUGUUUAAUGAGUGAAGGACAUGAUGUUUGACAUGCAAGUUUUACCGUACUAUAUUUUAUCUUACAUCAUACAUGCAAACCGUCAGAACUCACAGCUUCAGUAAACGGAGAAAGAACAAAGUGUUAAUAUUUGAGUGAAUGAAUCCGUGGCAUGUUAUGUUUUUUGGUGUGUACUUUUUUUAUGAGCGAAGAGUGUUUUCUCUUCAGUCAUUCCGGGAUGUAAUUAGUUUAUAUUUUGUUGUUUUUUUAAUACAAAUGUUAUUGUUUACAGUUUGCUGUUUACUUCAUGGUGAAGACUUUGAAAUAAAAAAAAGAAAAAACA